GCGGCGCGGAGGGCCAUGGCGGGCGCCGAGCGGAAGAAGCACGUUCGGUUUGCUGCACCGGGACACGCGGCGGCAACGGGGCCGCGCUUCCCCGCCGCGCCGCGCGCGGAGGUGGCCGUGGUCGGCGGCGGCUGUCGGGGCGGCCGGGGCGGGGACGGAGCGGUGCUGCGGUGGUGCAUCUCCGGCGCGCUGUGUGCGGCCUUUCUGGGGCUGGGGAUGAGCAUCGCGGUGCUGGGGCCCACGUUCCAAAACCUGGCCGCUAACGUCCACAAGAACGUCAGCGACAUCUACUACAUCUUCGUGGGCCGGUCUCUGGGCUACCUGGGCGGGUCGGUGCUGGGCGGGCUGCUCUUCGACUGCAUGAACGCCCCCCUCCUUCUCGCAUUAUCCAUGUUUGGAACAACCGUUGGUCUGUAUGGGAUACCCUGGUGUAAGAAAUCCCUGCUGCUAACUGUCUUGAUGUCAGUUAUUGGAGCUUCCAUGGGAAUUCUAGACACAGGUGGCAAUGUACUGGCCCUGAACACAUGGGGAGCAGAGGCUGGGCCUCAUAUGCAGGCCUUGCACUUCAGUUUUGCUGUCGGUGCUUUUGUGGCUCCAAUCCUGGCUAAAAUGGCCCUGGGAGGCUCCGGCUCUGAAGACUUCGCAGCUGCUGAAAAGACAAACCAGUCUGUGCUGAGGUCUGUGCCGACAACAUCAGCUGCAUCAGCUAUGUCAGCACUGAGACAUCGUCUUGGUGCAGAUUUUCAGUGGUCCUAUGUUGUCAUAGGCACCUAUCUUCUGUUAGUCUCUUUCUUCUUUUUUAUCUUGUAUUCAAAAGGCAGCUCAGCUCGGGACAAAUCCAAGGCCUCUCUGCAGAAGUGCGUGUUUGCCAAAUACCACUCUGCACUUAUCAGUCUCCUGUUUGUGUUCUUCUUCUGCUAUGUGGGAGCGGAGGUCACGUAUGGCUCCUACAUAUUUACUUACGCAAAAGUCUUUGCUGAGAUGAAAGAAAAUGAAGCGGCCGCUUUGAAUUCUGUCUUCUGGGGCGCGUUUGCCGCUUGCAGAGGAGUGGCGAUAUUUUGUGCUGCUUGCUUGUACCCUGGCGUCAUGAUUCUGGUGAGUAUCAUAGGCUCUGCUGUCUCCUCUUCAUGCUUGGCCUUCUUUGCGAGGUCCCCAGCCUUGCUCUGGGUUGGAACUGCUGUCUAUGGAGCAUCAAUGGCCACCAUCUUUCCCAGCGGCAUUUCCUGGAUAGAGCAGUACACAGUGGUGCAAGGGAAAUCGGCUUCUCUGUUUGUGACUGGUGCUGCGCUGGGCGAGAUGUGCAUCCCUGCCGUGGUGGGCUAUCUUCAGGGCAGGUUUCACCAUGUCCCUGUGGUUAUGUACACUGCCUUGGUAACGUCUGCAGUCACUGUGGUGCUCUUCCCUCUCAUGUACAAAUUGGCCAACUCUCCCAGAGAGAGCAGCUUUAAAGAAAGGAGUGAGAGUGAGGACCGGAAAGCUUUGUUGUCAAACGUGGGGCUUAAUGAGGAUGAAGAGGAUGAGGAGGAUGCGGGGGAGUGGAAUGAAGCAGACUUUGAGGUAAUAGAAAUGAAUGACACGCUGAGAAACUCUGUGAUAGAGACCUCCCGUAAGAUACCAGGGGACUCUCCAGCCAAAGUCUUUCUCCAGCCCCGGCUGGACAAUGUGUUGUGUGAUUCCCCUGUGGUUGCUGGUGGCUCCCCUGGGAGGAAAAAUGUGAACACUGAGCGGGAGAAGAACGACUGAAGUAAAAGGUGACUGUUUUUAAAGAGAAAUGGAACUGAAUUGCAGCUGUUCUUGUAGAGUGGUUCAAGACUCCUUUCACAGCGGUGCAGCGCUCAGCAUGUUUGUCUCUUUCAUUUUCAGUCUGCAUUGAUGUGGCUUGGAGUGGGGAAGUCCACAGUGACAUGAAUGGGGUGAUGACAUAAAAUGUAGAGACUAUGCCAAAAGCAUUAAAACAUAAGAGUCAUUUUCUAAAUGUGAGGCAUGUAUUGAAGUAGUGCAUGCCAGAAUAAGAACUAGCAAGGAAAGAAGGAGACUGCUCACACCACUCAGGUUUUUUUUUUUUGGGUGGGUUCAGAGGUGCUCAGUUCCUGGUCACAAAACAUUUGCAUGAGAGAGGAGAGAAAUCCAUUACCUGUGAUGCUGAACCCUCUUACCUUGUGACAGGGGAAUGUUUCUACUGCUUUGAAAGUUUGUGUGUGACGUAAACCAGGAAAUCAAGUCAAAUUUCAGGCUGCAAACUGGGGAACCUGUUGGCAAAGGAUAUACUUUCCUGGUUCUGUCACUAAGACGGGGAAGAACCCCUGAAAACCAGUUGUCAGGAGCAGAGAAGUAUGCCUUUGGGUCAUUUAAAAGUGUGGUAUGGGAAGGGAGACAAAAUGGGUUCUAUUAAUCACUGUAAUGUGCAAUUCUGAUUUACUCGUUGAACAGUGGUGACAAAUCUCAAUAGUCCGAAGUACUUGUGAUUGUAAUGACUGCACUGCCACUGGAAUCAACCAGUGUCUGAAGACGAUAAAAUCAUCUGUAUAAGCAGAUUACUUAAUAGAUGGUAUUCAGAUAGGGAUGUGGUAUUUUAAGCCAGUUGUUGAAAUUAAGGUUCUAAUAACUUUUCUGACUUCUUGUGCCAAGGGAUGUGUUAAAAUGAGAACUGGAGACUGAGGGAAUUCUUGAUGGGAGGAUCCUUCUGGGUUGUCCUGUACCAUGAUUCCUCACCCCUUUCCAGUUUGGAUUUUGGUUCUUUGAGUGGUGAUUUACAGGUGGACGCUUCCUAGCGGAGCAGCAGCAGGAGUCUGAGGAGGGAGACCCCGGUGGUGAGCCCUCACCAGAAGAAACUGCAGCAGCUCAGGGUAGACUGCCUCUGAACAGUCUAUUUGUCUACCUGAACCUCUCCACAUUUGUAGGUUGAGUAUUGUUUUUUUUUUUAAGGCAGUGUGAUCAGAAUGUACUCAUGUUUAGGGUCUUUUUACUUUGACUUUUGAUAGUAUUUUUCUUGCUAAAAAGUUUCAUUUAUUAAUGAAGGAGCUGUAGAUGUUAACAGCACAGGACUGCAGGUAUUCUGUGUACUUUCGGGUCUGGUUUCGUACCCUCUCUCAUCUCCUGAGUGUGCAACCUGGACUCUUGCGGCUUUUUCCUUUCUUCUGCAAAGUUUGUAAGAAGCAGGAAUCAACUUGUAGUGAAAAUGCACAAUUGUUUUGCAUCUUGCUGUGUCACAGGGCCUCCCUCUCCCUCUGCUAUUGGCACUGAAAUGCCCUUGUGUUUUUUCCUGAAUUCCCUUUUACCUUGUGUGUUUAUAUGCACUUCUGUGGCAUCUUACCCAGUGCAAUGCAUGAACCUGCACUUUAAAAUAAGGCUUUGUUUCACUUGUUAGGCUCUCCUUUGUUUAAACUAAUGGUGAAUGUUUUGAAGUGUAAGGCCAUCUCCUGGCCCUGGUACAUGCGAGACCGUUUGUUCAACAGAAGCAAGUCUGUGUCACCCUGUGUCUUUUGUUUUAUAUGACAGCAAAUGGCACAGGGAGCGACUACACAAGUGCAAUGAAGCCUCAGUGGCUUCAACUUUUUUCCGUUUUUUCUGCUGCAGUAACUGCUUUGUGUGUAGAAAGUGGGAGGUGUCACCUGAUGGUAAGUACAGGUCCCUCUGCUGCCUGGGGAGGAGUGUGAACUGCGCCUGCUCUGCUUUUGGGGUAGUUCUUGGCUUCCCGUGAGGGCAAAGGUGUCCUCUGGCAGAGGCUGCUGACUUUGGUGCAGGACAAACAACACGAGAUGCAGAAACGGGUCCGUGGCAGGUCCCUGCUGUCACUGCAAUCCACAGGCUGUAUCUGAAUUGACAGCGAUGUAAAAAAGUUUCCCUGUACCUGAGACCAUGUUGCCAGAAGCAAAUUAGUUUGAGAGACACACCUGGCAACCAGGAGGAUCUUAAAUAAUCCAUACACUAGUUUUUGGAAUGGAAUUCCAAACUGGAAUGUCCUGCACAUAAGAUUGUUCUCAGGGAUAGUUUACACAUCUUCCAUAAUCAAGUACUAAAAAGAACCAGAAAAUUAAAGAUGCAGUGGGAAAUACACUGUAACCUCUUUGAACCUUAUCCAGUUACUGCAUGUUUUUCUGUCUUCCCAACCAAUGCAAAAAUAUUGUGCAAAAGAAAGAUUUUAUUUUUUUAUUAUUUAUUUUAUUAACCUCUAAUUCAUUUGAAUUCAUCCCCAUUUUCCUCCCUCCCAGAAUCAGGAAGCCCAUAUAGUAGGACUGGAGCAACAGCCUGGAAUGUUGAGGCAAGAGCAGCCUUUUGCCCAAAGACUCCGAAAAAGCACUGUCAGGAAGGGAGUUAAAUUAUCUUGACUGCUACCAUGCAGCAUCAUGUCAGAUGGGUGUAUGAAGGCCUUUGUCUGGAUGAUGUCUACAUUUUGGGCCAUCUUAGCGAGCACUUGGAGCCUUCACUGUCUUUAAUUCUGGCCUCAGACUUGAAAUGGAAUAUACUUCCAGGACUUGUUCUCCUUGUCCCCUAGCAGCUGACUCUCAAUAGCAGGGGCUGCCCUGUAAUGACAAUGGAAUGUUUAAAGCAGUAUAAGAUUAAACAAGAUCUAGGACAUUUUUAGUUGUGAGCCCAACUCACAGCAGUUCAGACAUCCUUGAUGGUCAAGGCUGUAGCUUUCCUAGUUUGUGGAUUUUGGCAUUCCUCAAGGCUUGUUUUCAGACACUGAAUGUUAGUUUUCACAUGUUUAAAUUUCUGUCCAAAGUAAAUUUUAUCCUGGCAUAUAGAGGUAGAGUGAGGAUCUGUUUACAGUGUGGCUCUAGUUAUGGUGUCUUUUACAUUACAGAUCCUCUAGAAAGCUUAAACACUUCAACUUACUUAAACAUUAUUCUGGGCUGAACUAACUUGAAGCAAACUCUAUUAUCUUCACCCUUCCCUUGCUUAUGCUAGAGAAGUCAUCUAUCUGUUGAGGACAAGAGCUGUGGUCCAUGGACUAGAAAUGUGAAUUGAGUAAGGAAGACUCCUGUUUUUAGCAUCCAUAAACCCAGGAGUGGGUUGAAGAUGAGCACAUGCCCAUUUGCUCCAGGGUAGAAGGUAACCUGCAGCUAAGUGUCCUUUGUUGGUUUGUGUUACUUUUGUUUUUCUCCGAGGCACUGCCAUAUGGUUAGUCCUGGCACUUGCACUUUGAUUCUGCACAUGAGCAAUGCUGGAAUGCAAGAGCCAGCAGAGUUUUGUGCCUUGAUUUUACUUUUUUUUAGUGACGUUGCACAAAAAUGCAUUGCAGUCUGUGGCUGUUUUAGGUUUUAUGCUGCUUGGUGCGGGUUUACAUUGUAUGGUGUGCUGUGAAAUUUAAUAGGCUGACUUGUAUCCUGAAUAUAAUAAAUUCUUAACAGGAGAAGACACUCAGGUUCCAUGAUGUAAAUAAAGUUUGUUCUAUUUUUCAAA